UUUGGCCCCCCCUUUUCUCCAUUCCAUGCUUCAAAAGCAUCUCAAUUUCAAUUCAAACUUUUCAUUCUGAUUUCUGAUCAAUGAUGAUGAUGAUGAUGGCUCAAAAGAAUUUGCAUGAGUUACUUGAACAAGAUCAAGAACCAUUUCUUCUCAAAAACUACAUCGCCGAUCGCCGUUCACUACUCAAAAACCAUCUCCGCCGGCGACCCAAAGACGGCGGCGUUCUUCACAUCUCUGAACCAACUGCAGCCUUGCUUCUAGAAGCGGCGACGAGGAUUCAUAACCAAUCUACGAAACCCAAAUCAAAGGUGGGAAUAUUUGAUUCAAUCUUUAAGAGAUUUGGAAAUAGGAGUCGGAAAGAUAGAAUCUUUGUGGAGAAAUCUAAGGGAAAUGCUGCAAUUGUUGCCGGAAAUAGUACUGUUUGGUCGGAGAAAUCUUUGGAUUUGGAAACAUGUUGUAGUAGUAGUUCUUCAUCGUGGAAAGAAUCGGGAGAGAAUAUUCCGGCGACGGCGAGGGAAGGAUCUGAAAAUUCUAUUUCCAGUCCUCAAAGUCCUUUUCGUUUCUCUCUCUUCAAUACGCCGGAAUUCUCUUCGCCGGAAGUUUCACCUGGCCGGCGCUCAAAACAGGGAAAUGAAAUUCAUGAAGCAAAUACCAUAGAAAAUUAUGAUCAUCAAGUUCAAGUUCAAGUUGAAGUUGAAGUUCAAGAAGAAGAUGAAAAAGAACAAUUUAGCCCCGUGUCGGUAUUGGAACCUCGUUUUCAAGACGAAGAAGAAGAUCAAGAAGAAGAUAAGGUCGAUGAUUAUGACCCGGAAAUGGAAUGCAGUUACGCUAUAAUGCAAAAGGCCAAGCAUCAACUUUUAGAAAAGUUGAGGAGAUUUGAGAGGCUGGCUCAAUUGGAUCCUUUCGAACUCGACAAGACAUUGUUUGACGACGAAGAUAAUGAAAUAAACGACGUGGUGGAAGAAGAAGUAGAUGAUGAAGAUUGUUUCUUUAUGGAUGUCAUAAUUGACAAAUCGGGCAUAGAUGGAAUCAAGAGGCUCGUGUCUGACCUAAUCGUGGAGGAAGAAAUGGCAAAAGAAGAAGAGGUGACGAAGAGGGUUUGUAUGCGUUUGGAGAAAUGGAAAGAGUCGAAACGAGAGAGUAUCGACAUGAUGGUGGAGAUGGAUUUGAGAAUGGAUCAAAUCGACGGUUGGAAGAAGAUCGACGAGAAACAAGUGAAGGAGGUUGAGAAGGAGAUUGGGCUUGCAAUUCUAGGGGAUUUGAUAGAGGAAUUAUUACAAGAUCAACUAAUUGUUCUAUGUUAAGGUUCUAUGUUACAUAUCUCUUUAAUUACUAUCUUAGUCUAAUUUUAAAAAUUGAGUAUUUUCAUGGUAACUUUAAGACCUUUGCAAAAAUAUGGAUCAAUAACAAUUUUUUUUAUUUUUUAUUUU